GAGUAACUACUUGUUCUUCGUUGUGAGAUCCGAUGGCGAUAAACGGCUAAUUUAAAAAAAAUUUUCUCUAUUACAGUCUGUACCCCCUGUGAUAGAGCUCGCACGAUUGGCUAGCCUGAAGAAUAAACGUCAGUAAACGCAGUUAUGUACCGUCAUGGCGACGCUGCCGCCGCGGAAAAAUCCGACUCCUACGAAAAUUUCGAAACAGCAUUUGACACCGUUGCAAACGCUCCUGCAGUUGGGUUUCCCAAAACACCGAGCGGAAAGGGCAUUAGCUGCAACAGGAUAUCGUGGUGUGCAAUUAGCAUCAGAUUGGCUGCUGGCACAUGUGAGGGAUCCAACUUUGGAUUCUGAUAUACAGCGGCAAUAUGUUCUGUAUGCUUGUCCGACAGGAUCAUUAGCUGAACAGCUCGAGCUGUUUUGGUCAGAAAGUAAAGAUCUAGGAUGGAACGGUGCUCACAGCUUUAUACCACAUAUUACCCUCAUCUCCUUCUUCGAUGCCCCUGACGAAUGUACGGAAGAAUUAGUUAAUGCUCUUGAGAAUGUGGUUCGUCAGGAUGGAUUACAUGAACAUAUCGAGCUAGAGACAUAUGUGUCGCCUAAUUUUAUGGGCCUUUUCGUUAAAGAUGUAAACGCGGAAGGACUGAAAAACAUUGCUGUUCGCUAUGCCAAUAAAAUCAACGCUCUAGGUAUCACUGCCGAACCGCAAAUAAAGUCUCUGCAUCUUACGCUGGCUUACCAGUUUCCCAGCAAUUUAUUCCAGUCCCUUCGCUCGAUGGUCGAGAAACUAAGGCCGAACACGUCGGCCAACUGGGAGCUUAGAUUAUACUCGAGGGAUUCAAGAUUACAGAAUUUGCAUGUACACAAAGUGACGCACGCCCAUGUGUCCCGGGAACACGACGAAUUAGAAUUAAGAGUAGGAGAUUACAUAUACGUUCCAGAGGGAGCGUGUAGCGCAUCCACGGAUGGCUGGGUAGAGGGUAUCUCUUGGUUGACCGGAAUAUCGGGUCAUUUUCCGUUGAAUCACACCAAGAGGACUGCAGAAUCGGACUCGUGGACAUUGCAUACUACUGUGCCGAUUAUUGACAACAAAUGCGAGAGCGCGGAAGAGGAGGAGAUCCCGAAAGUCAGAAGACCACCGCCGGUUCUGUCUCCGAGCGAUUCCGUGGAUACACCUGAUGGAAUUCCCAUCGCCGACGAGCCAAUGGCAGCAUCAGAAGCAUCUCAAGCACCGUCCAGAGAAAUCUUCAUAUGUCGGCACGGCGAGAGAGUGGAUUUUACUUUCGGCACAUGGAUACCGUAUUGUUUCGAAUCGAACGGUUCCUAUGUGCGCCGUGACUUGAAUAUGCCCAAGGAAGUACCAUCCAGGAACAUCCAGGACUUUCAAAAUGACAGCCCGUUGACCACCGUAGGUGAGAUGCAGGCGAGUUUGGUAGGUGAGGCCAUGAAAUCGUCGAGUAUUAAGAUUGACGUGGCUUUCACGUCACCGUCAUUGCGUUGCGUUCAGACGCUCGCCCAUAUUCUAAAGGGAUUCGAGUCUGAUAUUCCGAUCAAAGUAGAGCCAGGUCUGAUAGAAUGGUUGGCAUGGUAUCCGAAUGGCAUACCUGUCUGGAUGACUUCCGAGGAGUUGGUGAAGGCGGGUUUCAAUGUGGAUCUUGAUUACGAUCCGAUUGUAAAAGCUAAGGAGCUUCCUCCAAAAGAGAACGCCGCGCAGUAUUAUGAACGGAGUUACGAGUUGAUCAAAAAGAUCAUAGAGAAUACAGUUGGUAAUAUUUUAAUAGUGGCGCAUGCAGCUUCCUUAGCAGCUUGCACCAGACAAUUGACCGGUGGUAGGAUACCCCCGGCAGCCGAAGUAACUAGAUUAGUUCAAAGGGUACCUUAUCUGGCAUGCUUAUCUGCGCGUCAAAGUAUUGACGGCUGGCAGCUCCAUCCUCCUCCCUUUCCACCGAUUACUCAUACCAGCAAUAGUAGAUUUGAUUGGAAGGUUCUAAUGUAAUAAUGUUGCACGCGAGGUUCUAAUGUAAUAAUGUUUAGCUUUUGUUGAGGAAAACAUUUUACACAAAACCUAUAUAUAUACAAAAGACUGUUAUAAUACAAUGAAUUUUUAUGCAAGGCUGUUCCCAAUGUCAAUGACACUGAAACAACAGUAUUCCAACGAAUCAAAAAAAAAAAAACAAAAGUUAUGGAAGAA